UUCCCUCUUAGCUCAUUUUGAGUGAGGAACAAGAGGGGACACGUGCAAACAAGGAGCGGAGCACUUGGAUUCUUCCAAUCCUUUUGGAUCAUCUCACUAAAUACAGUAUACUCGGGAGCCCGGAAGACUCACCUGGGAGCAGCCUGACAGGUCUAGGUGGAGAAGAUUGUGGCAGCCCAUUCCCAAGCUCAGCCCUCCCGAGAGAAAAGAAAGAGAGCGAGAGAGAGGGUUUUGAAAAAGCUGCAGGUUCCAGCAUGCGCGUGACCUCCUCUUUCAUCGUGGUCUCCCUGCUCCUGCUUCUGCUGCUGUUCCCGUUUGUCGAAAUGAAACGACGGGGCAAAGGUCUCAAAAGAGCAAGAAACAAGCUGGCGCGGGACAGGGUGAGAGGCGCCGGCCGUCACGGCAGAUCCGACCCCCCAAGACCGGGCAACUGCACAGAAUCAUUAGAGUCCGGACGUAUCUUUGCGGACUGCCAGGAUAGUCGCCUCACUUCCAUUCCCCGACCUCAGAUCUGGUCCAGAGCGCCCAAGUUUCUCCUCUUAGCACGUAAUAGGAUCAAAGUCCUCCGAGAUGAAGCCUUCGCCGGCUACGAGAGUCUAACCAGUCUGGACUUGCAGCAGAAUCACAUCUCGUUGGUGGAGGAGGGGGCCUUUGAGGGGUUGACUCGACUCACAACUUUGCUGCUACAGCACAACCGUCUGACUUCGCUGAGCGAGGAAGCCCUCAUCCCCAUGCCCAACCUCCUCUACCUGCGCUUCUAUGAUAAUCCCUUGCAUUGUCAUUGUGACAUGGACAGUCUCGUACAAACCCUUCAAGUCCCAAGCAACCGGAAUCUAGGAAAUCAUGCCAGGUGUGCAGAGCCCCUCAGGUUCAAAGGCAAAAAGUUGAAGCGGCUUGACCCCGAGCUGCUUUGCAAGAAGAUAGACCCGGACGAAAAGCCGCAGGGCGACCAGACUGACCCCAAUGAUGUGUUCGAGCCAAUUCACUUUCAAAACAAACCAGAUGCCACCACAUCCUGCCACACGUAUUACUUCCCUCAAGUACGCGUGGACUGCAGUAACCGAGGUCUAACCGAGGUGCCUGCUGGUAUUCCCGAGGACGCCGUCCAAAUUGAUCUCUCCCAUAAUUCCAUCCGUCAUCUCAAGGCCAAGAGUUUCCAUGGAGCAAAACGUUUGAAAAGGCUGAACCUCAGCCACAACAACAUGGAGCGGAUCGACACAGUUUCCUUCUUCGGGCUCCUGCACCUCCAUGAGUUGGACCUGUCAGACAACAGCCUGCACUUUAUCCAGUAUAGCGUUCUUGAAGACCUCUACUUCCUGUCCAAGCUGAAGCUGGGGGGAAACCCCUGGGUGUGCGAUUACAGGAUCCACUACAUAGUGUAUUGGCUUCGACUGCACCCGGUGGUGAGGCACUCCGGCUUAGUGUGCCGCUCGCCUCCCGAAUACACGGGUGAGAGUGUGGAGGAGUACGUGCACGCCUACAACCGAGGGUGUCCCAAAGACAGGCAGCAGAGUCAACGAGACCAAGAUGAGGAGGACGAGCUGCUUUGGAACUCUCUGGAAGAGGUGCAGGGCGAGCCGGAGGAGGAAAUGGAGCCGAGCCACUUGAGACAGCCUCAGAAGUACCAGAUUAUUAGACUGUCUUGAAGGGAAAAGGCUCUGGAUGGCUUCUGUUUCUAACUUUCCCCACUUGCUUUCCAUAUGUCAACUAGUCUGUAUCAGAUGAAGAAUCUACUUAUGUGGUGUGUAACCCCCCCCCCCCCAAAAUGGGAAUAACCUCAAAUCUGUUUUAAAAAAAAGGUAAUAAUUGACAGAUUUAUCGGGGAACUGUUCAUUUUCCAAUGGUGUAUAAUUAUUACAAUUGUCACAAUAUUGUUACUUAAUACAAUCAAAUGUUGCAAUAAAAAACAUUUUUGGACUUAUGUGGAAAACCUUGUCGAUUAAUUACUUAAUUUGUUGCUCGGCGGUGGCGUUUUCUAUUCUGUUAGCAUGAAUGGACGUUUAUGCAAAGUUGUAUCGUUUAAAUAUCUGCGUGGUUCUCUUUGAUGAUUACUUGAAUUGAACUGGGAGUGGCAAUAACUAAAUCGCACGGCACAUGCAUUAUGUAAAAUUAAUAUUUCAAGGGCUUGUCGAUAAACAACUGUGUCUUUGGAGAGCCUGGCCACCAUUCAAAUUUGAAAUUACACAAAGUAAAUAAUUUGUUAUUGAGUGAGUGAGUUCCAACAAUGAGUUUUGUUGGAUGCUGUGAUUAGCCUGAACUAACACUGUUAGCUUCUGAAACUAAGUGCAGUACUUGACUGUCAAUGCGGCGGUGGUGCUGUAGGAAGAGGACACUCACCAAUAUGUUUCAAACUGUACCAUUGUAAGGAAGAGCAGCCACGCAAAUUCAGAUGAAUCACAAAGGGACGGAAAUUAAGCAGGACAUGCUUCAUGGUGUCAUCUGUUAUCCAGCGCUUAUCCACCGAGACGUUGAUCUGAGCGGGUUGAAAUGAACUUAUAUCAAUAUAACAAAUUAUGUGUGACGGGCUACCAGUUUGAGACACAAAUCUGAAAUAUCAAAUUUGCCUAAACUACCUUCGAUCAUGUUAUUAUUACAGUAUAUGGUGUUAUUAAUAAUUAAUGGUACUCAUUAAUAAAAAGACACGAAUCAUGUUAA